AAAUGGCAGUGAGCUGCGAAAAUUUUUCAUUCAAAACGCACUCAACAGCGCAUCCCACAGCCAAAAAUCCACCACUCAACACAACAGCAAAACUCUGACACACAACACAUAAUGGCACUGGUCUCAGAAACAGGCGUCGAUGUCUCUACGGACGGCAUUACUGUCGUUCUGGGCAGUCAAUGGGGUGACGAAGGUAAGGGCAAGCUUGUCGAUAUUCUUUGCGACAACGUCGAUAUUUGUGCCCGUUGUGCCGGCGGUAACAACGCUGGACACACCAUUGUUGCCAACGGUCAGACUUACGACUUCCACAUUCUUCCCUCUGGUCUUGUGAACCCCAAAUCCGUCAACUUGAUUGGUUCGGGUGUCGUCGUGUACUUGCCUGCUUUCUUCCACGAGUUGGAGAAUCUUGUCAAGAAGGGUCUUGAUUGCACAAACCGUAUCUUCAUUUCCGACCGUGCCCAACUUGUUUUCGACUACCAUCAACGCGCCGAUGCCUUGAAUGAGGCCGAGCUUGGUGGUAAGAGCAUUGGUACCACCGGUAAGGGUAUUGGUCCUGCCUACUCUACUAAGGCUACUCGUAGCGGUAUUCGUGUUCACCAUCUCUACAACUGGCCCGAGUUCGAGAGCCGUUACCGUAAGAAUGUCCGUGAUCUUCAAAAGCGUUACGGUGCUUUUGAGUAUGAUGUCGAGGGUGAGCUUGUUCGCUACAAGGAGCUUGCUGCCAAGCUUCAACCUUACGUUGUUGACUCCAUCGCCUUCAUCCACACUGGUUUGAAGGAGAAGAAGCGUAUCUUGGUCGAGGGUGCCAAUGCCCUUAUGCUCGACCUUGACUUUGGUACCUACCCUUAUGUCACUAGCUCUAACACUACCAUUGGAGGUGUCUGCACCGGUCUUGGUGUGCCACCCCGCGCCAUUGCUAAUGUGAUUGGUGUUGUCAAGGCCUACACUACCCGUGUCGGUGCUGGUCCUUUCCCCACUGAGCAAUUGAACGAGAUUGGUGAUCAUUUGCAAAAGGUGGGUCGUGAGUUCGGUGUUACUACUGGACGCAAACGUCGUUGCGGUUGGUUGGAUCUUGUCGUUCUCAAGUACUCUACCCUCAUCAACGGUUAUGACUCCCUUAACCUGACAAAAUUAGAUAUCCUUGACGACUUCAAGGAAAUUAAGGUUGCUGUCGCUUACAUCGUUGAUGGCAAGCGCAUUGAGACUUUCCCUGCCGAUUUGGACAGUCUUGAGAGUGCUGAAAUCAUUUACGAAACCUUCCCUGGAUGGCAAACCAAGACCACCGGUAUCACCCGGUGGGAAGAUAUGCCCGAGAACGCCAAGAAGUACAUUGAGUUCAUUGAGAAGUUCCUUGGUGUGCCCAUCAAGUACAUUGGUGUUGGUCCUGGUCGCGACGAAGUUUUGGUCAAGCACUAAGCUUCCUUGCUUCCUCCUUUAGCCCUAUACUCCAUUCCCCUCUUAAACCUUUAACAGUUUGUGUGUUGUUCUGUCGCUACUCAGACGACGGUCGCCUCACUCUCAUUUCAACUUUUGUUAUUGUCAUGCCGUUCAUUUAUCCCCUUCGCUUCUCUGUUUUACCUUUUUAACAAAGCAGCGUCUUAAAACACAGUGCUUGGCUGCUGGAAUCCUUAGGGAUGAAAACCCCGACACCUGCUGUUGCGCCUCCAUUUACGCCUUCCUCAUCCUUUUGGAUUGACCCUGAUAGAAGAAAGCAAUA